CAAAGUGACAACCCAGCCAAACUGUGACAGAGAAGAGAUUGAAGGCAAAGCAAGGAGAUCGAUACCCACUUAAGGCACAAAAUUUGCAUUCUUAAACUCGCAACUCAGCCGACUAAAGAAGAGAAGAAGCCGCUUUAAAGUCUUCACUCAUUCAUAAGGUAUCAAUUGGAACUGUGUAAGAAAGCUUUGGAGGAGAACAUUAUUGUGGAUAGACGUAGAUACCCCUGUUAAUACCCACAUCGUUGCCUUGAAACCUUGCUACCACUACUAGUCUUUUUAAACUCCACACAACGAUCAAUGGUGGACCCCAACCUCUCCUUCCUCUCUCUCCUCCUCCUCCCUCUUGCCCUUCUCCUCGUUCUCUACCUCAUUGUCCGCCCGCGCCCCACCACUGUCCCAAUCAAGAACCGCCACGUCUUCAUCACCGGUGGAUCCAGUGGUAUUGGCCUUGCCCUGGCCCACCAGGCUGCUUCCGAGGGCGCCAGGGUCUCCAUCCUUGCUCGCUCCCUCAACAAGCUCGAGGAGGCGAAGAACUACAUUCAGCUCUCCACCGGCAUCGAUGUCGCUGUCUUCGCAGCUGAUGUCCGCGACUAUGAAGCCGUUUCCAAGGCGGUCGAAGUGGCAGGCCCAAUCGAUGUGUUGGUCAUAAACCAGGGAGUGUUUGUCCCUGGGGAGCUGGAGAAGCAGGGAUUGGAUGAGGUCAAGUUCAUGCUGGAUGUCAAUUUGAUGGGUAGCUUCAAUAUGAUCAAAGCUGCUUUGCCUGGAAUGAAGAACAGGAAGGAGCGCGGACCAGGUUCAAUUGCUCUAAUGUCAUCGCAGGCCGGUCAGGUGGGGAUUUACGGCUACACAGCUUAUUCUGCCAGCAAAUUUGGGCUCAAGGGUUUGGCUGAAGCUCUGCAGCAAGAGGUCAUUGCAGACGGCAUUCAUGUUUCUCUGAUUUUCCCUCCAGAUACCGACACGCCUGGACUCACUGAAGAAACUAAGAUGAGGCCGCAGCUGACCAGCAUUAUUGCGGAAUCAUCUGGUUCAAUGAAAGCCGAGGACGUUGCGAAGAAAGCUUUGGAUGGAAUCAAGUCUGCUUCCUUUAUUGUUCCUUGCAACUUUGAAGGGUUCAUGUUGUCCAUUGCCACUGCCGGGCUAUCGCCUCAGAGAUCAUAUGUCAUGGCAUUUGUGGAGGUGGUUUCUGCUGGUGUAUUACGGAUCGCUGCUCUGGGAUUUCAGUGGAAUUGGUAUACAAGUAUACACAAGUGGCACAGACAAAACAAAAGCACCUGAAGUGCUUGCUGCAGGAUUUGGUACAAGUUAGAUUUUGAAGUUAGCCGAAAGUGGAUUUUGGCAAUUGAAUCAUAGCCCUGAAGACAGCAGCUCAAAGGAGAAUUUCAAUUUUUGACCACCAUACAUUCAUGGAGUUUUAGACUUUAGGACAGGGAAGCCAAACAGAUUUUUAAACGUUUAGGCUUUGAUUUCCAUUCUUAGACUAUCGUUCAUGUUUAUCGAUCAGGUGUUUGAUAAAGUGUACCGAUAAUUGGAAAUGAAUUCGCCCUGUUUCAAUAAUAAAUAUUCAAUGUUUUUCUUUAAUGAUAUGCGU